AUGAAUGAAUAUCAAUCUUAUACGUCUGAUAACCGUAAAUCGAAAUAAACCAUAAAUACUAUGGAAGAGCUUAGCAAAAAUCAAUCAUUCAGAAUUCUCAAAUUGUAAACAUCUGGAUUAGGCAAAUUAAAUAAUAGUAGUAAAAGAAACCCUUAAAACUUUGAUGUUUCUUAAGUGUCUACGUCUAUGCCAUUAAGUUAGAAGAAUAUGUUAUCAUUUUUGGCUCAUGAGGAGUAGUCCAAGCGUCCAAAUUCCUAUGAAUAAUUGUUUUAUGAUUUGUAAUAAUCAAAGCAAUAAGUUAACAAUCUUAAAGAUGAGAACACCCGACUGAGAACCAAAGUGCAACACAAUGAAAGAGAAUUCUAAAAGUAUGAGAACUUGAUAGAGGAUUUAACUACUCAAAAGAAAUCGAACAAUCAAGAUCUUCAGAUUAUUUCACUAAGGAAGCAAGUCAAGGAUAAGAGCUCAGAAUUGGAGGAUAAAAUGAAGGAAAUGGAAAUUUUAAAGAGGAAUAGUAAAGUUUGCAAAUUAUAGGAAUUGGAGGUACUGAUGUUAAUUGAAUUGUAGGUUGAAAAAAAAGUGUAUUUCGAAUAAACCCUUAUGAUGAAGCAUAUGUUGUAAAUGGCCUAAGAUCAAAUUUAAUACCAAAAAAGCAAAUUAGAAUAAGUGUAACAAUUAGAAUCUCAAUUAGAUGUUUGUCACGAAUAACUAUUUAAAUUAUAAUAAUAAAACAAUGAGUCACUAGAUAUCAUUUCGAAAAGGGAUUAAACUAUCAAAGAAAUGAAAAUUCAAUUAAAAAAUCACUCUAUUAAAUAAUAACAACUAGUUUAAAAAUAGUAAACAAUCUAAUAAAAGUAUGAUAAUUUGUAAUUGCUCUAUCAAUCCAUCAAAGGGAACAACAAUAAUAAUACUCAGCCAAAGGACACUGUUAUCAAAUUUCCAAAAGAUCUGGUUAUAUUGAAAUUGCAUCAGAAGAGAGUCACCAUGAGUCAAUUUAAUGAUGCAAUUGAGACAUUAAAAAAGGCAAAAAACAAACAAGAGUUUAUUUCGCUGUUGCAAUAAGAACCAUUUUAAUUAAGCGAAAGUGAAUCACAAUAAGUUGUGGAUAAGCUAACUGGGACAUAGACAUUAUCUUAACAAUUUAUUACUCAAUUAAGUUAUCACUCCUUAGAGGGUCUGGAUGAGUAAAAGGCACAAUAAUUAAUCAAUAAGUCUCUUUAAUCUAAAAAAGACCGUGUACGAUAGUAUUGGAUUUAAUACAAAUACAAAAAGGUUGGAAGGGACGAUAUUAUAAAAUUUAUAUAGGCCAUGAAUUUUAAUUGGGAUUAAUAGAUAACAUCCUAUUUUCUAUUAGAAAUAUUUUAAAAUACUAUGUCAAAUAACAAUGUUACUGAUAAUAGUGAAUAGAAUUCUCAAAGUAUGAGAGUAUCUAUAGACUUUGUAACAAAUCCUUUUUCAAGGUAAUCACAUCAUAAAAGCUCAAAUGAAGUCUAAUAAUAGGAUAGCUUUAUUAGAGAUCUGAAUGAGUAAUAGAGUAAUUAAUAGGUCAUUGAGAAUUUUAAUCCAAAUGAUGAAGUCUUAAUUAAUUAAUUUUUCCCUGCUGAUGAAGAAGACAAAUAGUUUGAGAUAAUCAGUAGUUGUCCUCAAGAGAAAUUGACUUCAAAGUACUAACAAUAGAAUGAGAUUCAAGAGGUGAAUGAAGAGGAUAUGCUAAGUUCUAAGCCAUAGGAUGAGGAUAACAUUAAUGAUAUGGCAUAUUUAGAAAGCAAUCAAUAAGAAGAAAUAGUUUAGGAAGUAAAAAGCCUUGAAAUUUUGAGUGAUUAUCAAUAAUGA